UCUCACAACAGUACAACAUUUCUGAAAGCUACCAGAAGCGGACUGGUGUGGUCUUUGUGUAGCGAUUUGAUUGUUUACACGGUGCUUUGGAGUCCUGAGCAUUAGAUUCUUUCUGAUUAUUUUGUUCAGGGGUUCUUCUUUUUCGAUAUUCGUGUUUUAGAUAGGGAAGUUUUGAAUAGGGUGUUAGGGCAGUGGGUUUAUGGUUUCACAGCUACGUUCAUGAUCUCGAUAGACGAAUGGUUUUCGCUGCUAAGUUGAGAAGUUUACCAGGGUUCUAGUCUUAACUGGAUUGGAAUGUUUGCAAGAUGCUUUCGAAUUCUAUGACAGUGGACAGACGUGACAACAGGAUAGGAUUACUAAUCUGGCCUACUAAUCGAAUGUCCACCGUGUUCUUGUGGGGAUCCUCGAAGACUUGUUUUCACCCUCCAGCUCUGCUGAUUUUCUGUGAAACUUAGAAAUUCAUACAUAGCAUGGUUGUACAUGAUUUGACAAUGCCUAGGUAGUGUACAUCCGCUAGAAAUCCGCGUAGUUCUCAUCGCUCAUUAGAAAUACGUGUAUGAACAUGAAGCCUGGUUAAACUGUUCAUGACACACGUCAGAGUGGGCAGCCAUCGACAGUGGAGAUCUUCUCUUCCUGAGCUGAGGAUGGGAUGGGAUAUUUUACUGCAGUUGAGCAUAUAUGAUGCCGAGAUGCACUGUAAACUUUGCUAGCGAAUCUGGUUCGAUUUCAUACUAAUAAACAGGAAUCGAACAGAGGCAUUAUCCAAGCUAUGAUAAACAAAACUCCAAACUCUCGAGAACAGAAGAUAGAAUAUCUUUCAAAACCAAGAAAUCGAAUGCGAGGUACCGCGCUAAUCUCUGAUGAGUUUUCUAACCACGCAUGUAGAAUCUAGUAGAUGAGAGAAUGGAAAACUCCACAACAGAUAGACUGCCACCGAUCUCAGAGCACCGCGGCGACACCAGUCAAGGAUGGUCAACAAGCAUGCUCCAGUCGAGGUCCAAACAAACAAUCGAGGAGAAUUACGGCGAAAGGGCUCUGUCGGAGAGCAGAGGAGAGAGACACCUCUUAAAUCCUGGAAUAUUACUCUCCCUGUUCCAUGACGCUAUUGUCUCGUUAGUUGCAUGUUUGUGUGUAUUAUCAUCCUUUAUAAAAGGAUAGUGCACGUCUCUUCCACCACAACCCUCCUCUGGCACCACUGGCAUCUUGCUCAGCUAGCAGGUAUUCAUGGAGCGAGUUCCGACCAGCCCCACCAAGGUCUGCUUCAGGAUACUGGGUGCCCUUCUUCUGUUGUUUCAAGAUGGAGCUAAAUGCCGGAUGAUGGCAAAUUUGCGCGGACAACUGAUCGAGAGCGGGUCUCCUGAGCAAGGAUGGGGAGACCCACUUACGUCCGGCAGUGAUGUGUUCACCUCACCUGGCUUUGACUUCUUCGAUCGUAGUUCGACCCCUCUGCCCCCUUGCGAUUUCAACCAUCGAAGGGCGGGGUUCGAUUGCUGGCCAAAGGAGCUACCGGCGACGAGAACGGUGGCCAUGGGCGUGAUGCACGAUGGGAAUUCAUCUGAGGGAGCUUCUCCUGUGCUUGCUCAAGGGUGGGGGGAUCCGCUUCCACCUUGCGGUGCUUGCAUAGCACACCUGGCUUUGACUGCUUUGAUCCUCCUUCCACUCCUCUUCCACCUUGCGAUAUCAAGCAUCAGAGAGUGGGUUUCGAUUGCUGGCCAUAAGAUCAGUCCACCCAUCCGUGACAGAGAGACUAAGUUGUCGCACAGCAAGCUCUUCGUCUGUUCACUGUUUCACGGCUGCAUCUGAUGGAAUGGUGUGGUGUGGGGUGCUGUAACAGUGCUAGCUAGCGAUUGACAAUCGAUAAGUAGUUCGUGUUGUUGGCUUUUUUUGUACGGCUGCAGGAUUGUGAGCAACAGGAACACUGGAUUUGCACCUGGUCUGUUAUUCGAUUGGGAGCCAAUUUAUGAUCAGCGCGCCGACUUUGUUUGGUUCACAGGACGUCUCGAUGAGUCUUUAAAUAAACCUUUUGUUGAUUACUGA